CGUCCGAAUAGCCGGUCCUUCCCCGGGGAGCCAGUUCCUCCCCGGGCCCCUGAGCCAUGCCCAUCGCGGCCGCCCCGGACGAACCAGAUAUAAAUUAAUUAUUUGAAAGAACGUGAACAAUGGAGCCAGACAUCAUUCGAAUGUACUCUUCAUCCCCACCACCACUGGACAAUGGAGCAGAGGAGGAUGAUGAUGAUGAAUUUGGAGAAUUUGGUGGGUUUUCAGAAGUUAGCCCUUCCAGUGUCGGGUUUGUAGAUUUUGAUACACCAGAUUAUACUUGUCCCAAGGAAGAGUUCGUAUCUUCAAACCAUUUUAUGCCAAUUCAUGAUUUCUCAGAAAACGUAGCUAGCCUUACAAGCUUUAAGUCCAUUAAAAAUGGUAAUGAUAAGGAUAUAACUGCUGAACUUUCUACUCCUGUGGAAGAACAGUCUGUUUUACUUUCUAACACCAGCAAAGAAAUUAUUUCAUCUAUAACUUCAGAUACUUCCACUGAUGGCAUUGAAAAUCCAGGAGAUUUAAAUAAAGUAAUGGAACAGAGACAAAAUGUUGAAACACCUGAAAAUUUCUCUCUAGGAGAUUUUAGAACUGAUAUGAACAUAGUUCAUCAAAACAAGCAGUUAGAGAGCUGCAAUGGUGAAAAGCCUCCCUGUCUGGAGAUUCUAACAAAUGGGUUUGCAGGGUUGGAAACUGUAAAUCCUCAGGGAACAGAUGAUCUGGACAAUGUCGCUGAUUCAAAGGGACGGAAACCUCUCAGUCUUAGCACUUACAGCACUGAGCACAAUUUAGACUCUGCACCUAGUCCUGCUGAGGAAUUUGCAGACUUUGCCACAUUUUCCAAAAAGGAAAGAAUACAACUAGAAGAAAUAGGACGUGCAGUUUUAAAGGAUCGAGAUGUAUUAACCAUUCAGGAGAACAACAAAAUUAAUAGAGUCAAUGAACUGAAUUCUGUAAAAGAAGUGUCUUUGGAUAGAAGCUUUGGUGAUAAAGGAGACACUGAUGGAGAGCAUCAGCUUUUUGGUUCAGAAAUCAGUGAAAUGACUGACAGAGAUUUCAGUGUUGAAAAACAAAGCCUUCCAACACUGCAACAAGAUGAAUUUUUAAAUUCAAGUAUUCAGUCAGAGGCUUGGAGCUUGGUAGACUCGGCCGAUAAUUCAGAAGCCAUUAGGAGAGAACAAUGUAAAACUGAGGAAAAACUUGAUAAGUUUACUUCUAAAUGUGCUGACCUAUGCAUGGAUUCUAUUAAAACUUCUAAUGCUGAUGAAGUUGGUUCUUCCAAAGAAGAAAGUAGAAAGUUUACCAAUUCCCAAAGCCCAUACAUUGAUCCCACAGAAGAAAAUGUUUUGGAUGAUUCUGUAAGCAUAAAAAAUGGUGAUAGUAGUAAUGACUUCAUGACUUGCAAUGAUACCAAUGAGGAUGAAUUUGGUGACUUUGGCACAGCCAGUGGUACCACUCCACCUUUUGUUACUGGUACUCAAGAUUCAAUGAGUGAUGUUACCUUUGAAGAGUCUUCAGAGCACUUUCCACAUUUUAGUGAACCAGGUGAUGACUUUGGAGAAUUUGAGGAUACAAAUGCUAUUUCUUGCCAAGAGGAAAUGAUAUUUACUCAGUCAGACCUAAAACAGAUUUCUGAUGGUUUAUCAGAGGAAUGUCAGUUGGCAAGAAAGUGUAGUGGAACAGGUACUGAACCUGUUUCAAAACUGAAAAAUGAGCAAGAUGGUGAGUUUGGAGAUUUUGAUUCUGUGCCAAAUACUGAAGACAACUGCAGUGCUUUUCAAGACUCUGAUGAUUUUGCAGACUUCAGUUCAGCUGGUCCUAGCCAAAUUGUAGAUUGGAAUGCUUUUGAGGAUGAACAAAAAGAUGGUUGUUCUUGGGCUGCUUUUGGAGACCAGCAAGCUACUGAAUCUCAUCAUCGAAAGGAAGUCUGGCAGUCACAUAGGACAGAUGAAAAUAUUGAUACUCUGGGAACCCCCAAGAUACAUAGUGUCCCUUUAGCAACUUCCAAAGGAGCAGUUGCUUGUGGCCAUUUACAGGAAUCAGCCAAUUCAGUUCAGACAGCUUUAAUAAACCGCCUGGAACGAAUUUUCGAAGCAUGUUUUCCUUCCAUAUCUGUCCCUGAUGCUGAAGAGGAAGUUACUUCCCUAAAGCACUUGCUGGAAACAAGCACCUUGCCAAUAAAAACAAGAGAGGCCUUAGCUGAAAAUGGCGAAUUGUUGGAUGUGUGGACUGAGCUACAAGAUAUCCAUGAUGCACGUGGCUUGAGAUAUCAGUGGGGUGGCUCCCAUAGCAACAAGAAGCUUUUAUGCUCCUUGGGAAUAGACACCAGAAACAUUCUCUUCACAGGCAAUAAGAAGCAACCAGUUAUAGUGCCCAUGUAUGCAGCAGGAUUGGGUAUGUUAGAGCCCACCAAGGAACCAUUGAAACCACUAUCUGCUGCAGAAAAAAUUGCUUCCAUUGGUCAGACAACCACCAUGACACCAGAGAUAAACACAUGCACAUCUGAUCAAUUCCAGGAGUCUCUACCACCCGUCCAGUUUGACUGGAGUAGCAGUGGCCUUACUAACCCUUUAGAUGGUGUGGAUCCAGAGUUGUAUGAACUAACAACUUCUAAGCUGGAAAUGUCUACCCCAAGCCUCAAAGUGACCGAUGCGUUUGCGAGACUCAUGUCCACAGUAGAGAAGACAAGCACAUCUACCAGGAAACCAAAAAGAGAAGAGCACUUGAGUGAAGAAGCUGUCCAGGUGAUCGCCAGCCUUCCUGACUUGACAUUCAUGCACGCCAAGGUGUUGAUGUUCCCAGCCACAUUAAUGCCUUCCACAGGUUCCCGAGAACAGGCUGACUGAUAAACGGGGUGCACUGGACAUUUCAUAGGCUGGUUUUCUCCUCCACCCCUUCCCUACCAUCAAAAGCAUACCUGCUCUAAUUUAAAAAAAAAAAAAAAAAAAAAAAUUCAAGUUCAGCUGUUUUGUUGGUAAGCCGCACUAGAAAGGUAUACAUAGUAAUGUAUAUUUAUUUACAUACUGAAGUCCUAAAUUUAUAUUAGAAAAAAUGUAAAUAAUCGGGGAUGAACAUUUUUGAAGAUUUAUUCUUUUUGUGUUGCUGGGGUGUAUACAUUUAUGUCUUUGUGAAAUACACUGGUGGUGUCCUUCUUACAAAACUUUUGAAAUAAAAAAAGAAAAUUAAAAACUCAAAUCUCCACUGUCUGUGAAAUCCCCUUCAGUGUUUUCCAGUUGUAUUGAAUGUCCUUUUAAUUUUCCAUAUAACAAAUUACUUUUGCUAUCAUAAAUAAGGUCCAAAGUUCUGUUUAAUUUUUUUUUAUUUUAUUUUGUGUGUGAUGGGUUUACUUCAGAUCUGGCUUUGGUUAACAUUUUUGGGCUCUUUUUUUAAUCUUUUCAAUCUGGCAUAUUGCUGUUUGACCUUUUACAAAGUACUUCAUAAAUUGCUUUUUUGUUAUGGGGUGUGGAUCAUUAUCAGAACUUGAUUGGAGGGGUUUAGACAGAUUGUUUUAAGUCAGUUUAAUUUGAAGAAGGACCAAAUUUUAUGAAUGUCUUACAAUGAAAUGUACUUGUUACUGAUUUUUUUUGUUGUGCUGUACCACUAUUUUUUGAGGAUUUUGCACAGUGUGAAAUGGCAUAAUCAUAGACUGCUAUGGUUUCGGCUAUAAAUGCAGUAAGAACUAUGGGUUUAACUGUUCGGGGAAGUUCCUAUGGAAAAGAGACAUGGAAAGGAGCCUCUGGCAAGGGAAAUGUGCAUGCCCAAGGUCUUCUGAGAUUUCAGUGUGUAAAUUUCCUUUUAGCUCACACAGAAAUAAAACAAUUUAAAAG